CAAAGACCUGCCCAUUCUCCUUGAUAACACUCACAGCUGAGCACACCUGUUCAGAACAAAAAGGUUCAGUAUUCUUCUGUUCUUACCUCAAUUUAAUAGUUUCUCUGUGGAAAAGUUUGCUUUGUGGAAAAGAGCGGAAGCUAAUCUAUCUGAACCAAGAUCACAGAAAACGCGAAUACCAUUGGGAGUGACAAUGAGCACCAAGGAAGAGAAGACAGUCAAAGGGAUGACAGAUUCUUCCAUCUGCCUCCUCCCCGAGAAGCACUUUUUGUGCCUCCUCUGCAGAGACAUCUUCACCAACCCAGUGACCAUCCCCUGUGGACACAGCUUCUGCUUGACUUGUCUCAGCCAGUUCUGGACUCAACGCCAAUCCAAAUACUGCCCUGACUGUAGAAGAUUGUUUACCAAAACGCCUGACCUCAGUGUCAACCAUAUUUUGGCAGAUAUUUCCGAAAAUUAUAGAACAGCACGACCUCAGAAACCGCCAGAAGAAGAGAAGGCUAUAGAUGUUAAGCAAAUGAUCAAGGACAGGCUGCAGAAAAUAGAGAGGCUAAAAUGUUCUCUGGAUGUCCAAAAGAGUUCUUACCUGCGUGAGGUGCGCGAGAGUCAAAAGGUCUUCUCGGCCCUGGUGUGUGCUAUGGAGGAGACUCAUAAAGCUGUUGUCUCUGCAAUUGAAGAGAAACAAAAGGAGCAAGAGCAAAGAGUGCAAACACUAAUAAAAGACAUCAAGGAAGAGAUUGAGCAACUGAGGAACCACAUGAAUCAACCCGAUCCUCAGGCUUUUGAUCAAAAUGACGACAUGAAGCAAGUCCUCUUACCCACUAACAUGAGGGACUGGUCCAAGGUCAGCAUUGAAACAGAUCCUUGUAUUGGAGUCACAAGAAGAGCAAUGUCAGACAUCUUGGAAAAAAUUAAAUUAGAAGUCAACAGGCUUUCCAAAGCUGAACUAAGAAGACUUGAGAAGUAUACAGUGGAGGUGAACCUAAGCGGAAAGACGGCCCACCCUUUCCUUUCCGUCUCAGAUGACCGGAAACGAGUGAGGCACACCGACAAGCUUCAGGAGGUUCCAGAUCAUCCCACACGCUUUGACCGUGUGGCCAAUGUACUGGGCAAGGAAGGCUUCUGUAGUGGGAGGUGCUACUGGGAGGUGGAGGUUGGUGACAAGAUUGAGUGGAACCUGGGCGUUGCCAGGCAGUCCAUAAACAGGAAAGGCAAGUUCACUGUUUGCCCAGCCAAUGGCUUCUGGACUUUGAGCCUGAAGAGUGGAGGCCAGUAUGUUGCCAACACCGCUCCGGCCACUUUUGUGGCUCUUGAGCAGCGGCCUAGAACUGUGGCAGUGUUUCUGGAUUACGCCGAAGGCCGCGUGUCCUUCUACUGCGCCGAAUCAGGAGUGCAUAUUUACACCUUCAUGGAUAGGUUUAAAGACCGGCUUCACCCAAUUUUCAGUCCUGGACGUCUGCAUGGUGGCAAGAACGUAGCCCCACUGAUCAUCACUUCAAGCUUCUGCAGCAUUUGAGCAUCUGUGUUUGAA